CGGUCAGUUACGUCUCUGUAUGUCUUAUCUACUCUGUGCCCGGACUGUAGCACAGACUAUAGGCAGCAGGCUGUGGCUUUCCAGAAUUGGACAGUGAAAAUGAUAUUUUUGUUCUAUAUUCUUUAGUUUCUAGUAUGCAAUAUUACCGACGUGUGUCUGUUUUUACUAAAUAAAUCAGCGAAGGUAAUAACGCUACAACUAACCUGAUGAUCGUCGAUCAAAUAUACCGAUUUGAUAUUGUUUUCAAUCCAUGACCAUGUCCACUCGCGACUCGUCCAAACAAUCAUAAUAGCUUUUUGGAAAAAGUCGAAUAAUGGGUAUGUAGGCAUUUUAAAAUAGUAUAUCAAAUAAAAGAAGAAAUAAAUCAAAAAGUAAAUACAGUAAUUUCGAAUAUCAGAUCGAUUGAAUCCAUCAUUUCAGUUUGCAUUUGACGGAAACAGUCGGAAAUUCAAAUUAACAAAAUUUCAGUGCUUCCACUUGCAAGGAUUUUCCCCUGCCAAACAGGGUGGAAAGCAGCAUUCUCUAUGGAAUACUCUCGAGAAUCGGAAUACUAUGGACAUUAACCACAUUCACCAAACUACAACCGUAGAAAAUGAUAAUGAAACAGAAUUAUCUGAGAAAUGCGAUCGGUUAUCGCAAGGGAAAAAUCUUUUAGAGGAAAGAAAAGAAAGAAAGAAAGUUACGAACUUGGUAAGUGAUUGUAUGAAUUGAAAUCAUAUUGCAUAUUUGUAUAAACUGCUUGUAAUGUUUACAAAUUACCAAUCAAUGGCGUCGCCAGCUCGAUAAGUGGGGGGGAGACAUAUUCAUAUAUUCGUGCUCUGCACAAUUAAUUUCUUUUAAAAUCGAUUGUUUUUACGGUUUGUGAACACGAAUAUAUGAAUAUGUCCCCCCCCCUGGUUCGAAAACUUACGUUUUACGUUUCAAAACGUACAGCCAUUAACCUCUAGCUAUAAAGGCUAAACGUGUACACGUUAUUUCAAACAUAUUUUAAUUACAUGCAAAAUUGCAACGUUUGCGCUUCAAACGUAAAAGUUUGUCGGCCAAACACUUCACUUUAACAGUCAACGUUUUUGCAGGAGCGUUUUUGCAGGCCAGUGUUGCACAUCAAUAAAUGGGCACUUCACGCCAUCUAUUGGUCCUUACAUGGAAAAUCAGUUUUACAAGGAAAUGGCAAGGGAAAUUACAAAAAUGAACCGAAAUUGCAAGAAUUUCUGUAACUCAUAAGAUUUCGUUCAGGUCCAUAGUUCUUAAACCAAUAAAAUUAAAUUUAAAAAACACACCUAUAAAAUAGCAUACGCCCACAAAAGGGGUACAGAAGGCCCAGAAAAUGCCAUUCCAGUGAUCUCGGGACUGAUAAAAUUCGUUGUUGGGCGCUGAGCUCCUCGUCAGUCGUCAGAACUGUGGGUGCUGACCCUCUAAUCUGAGUAAGUACCUAUGCCAAUAUGCAGUUUAGCUUUUGUAUAUAUGGAGGAGCUUGCCAAAUUUUCAUAGAAAAUGUAAUAGUAUUGUAAAUAACAUACAUUUAUCUCAAAUUUGUGGAUAGAAGGAAAUUUUGCGGGGAAAAAGAUAUUGGGGGAAUUAGCCAAACUCUUCGCCUAUAGAAUGAUGGGGCUGAAUUGGGACACGGGGAAAGAUUACAUAAAAAAUAUUACAUUUAAAUUAAACAAAUAAUUAUAUAUUAAAAUAUGCAAUCUUUUCCCGCGUCCCAAAUUCAGCCCCAUAACGUCUAUAGCGGAACAGUUCGUCACCAGUCUUUCUUCGAGCUUCGGAAAGCGGAAUUGUUGAUAUUUUGACCCCCAAGAAUACUAACCUAAUAGGUUAGUAUUUUGUGCAUUGACCGUCCAUUUUCAUUGGAAUUUAGUUUAAAAAAAUCACACCCUUUUAUCUCUGCAAUAUUCAUUCAGUGCUACAGAUUACGAUGUCAAAAUGGCGACGACGAAACUGAUGAACCUGAUUGAUACGGCCAAAUGAAACAAUUAAGCGAAUAUGUUUUACUGUAAAUUGUAUUGCAAUUAUUCAUGUAAGAAAGUUUCGAUGAUGGGGAGUUCUUCAAUCUCAUUGUAAAAUAAGAGAUCCUUGUGAACAAAAUUUGGCCGCUAAUCGUCUAAGAACAGUAAAUUCUUAAAUAGUCACACCAGGUAUAUAUACUUUUGGUACUUUUUCGUGAGGGACAAAAUUGAAAAUUCUACGGUAAAUUGUACUUAAAGUGGCAAUGCCACGGCGGUGAUUGGCUAAAACAAACGGCUAUAAAAUAAACGUUUAAAAUUAAUGCUACAUGAUUGAAUAAGAUGCAGCACCCUACAAUUUUUAAAAUAAAGCAAGGAUGUCCUGCAUAACGAAGGGAAUGUAAAAUAGUAUCGUACUUCACUCCUAACUUGAUUAAUUGUUAUUUGGCAGAAAGUUUUCCAAGUUCUCACAUAUUUUGAAUGUGCAGUAGUACUGUGACAUUGCCCCUUUAGGCCUGGUUAACAUGUGUCUGCAGUAUGCCUGUAACUGACCAUUAUGUCUCUACUUGCCGCAGAAAUACCGCCAAAUUUAACUCAAGUCAACUUUCCUAGCAUACCGCCGAUGUAACUCUGGCACUGGAGGCAAUCGGCAAUCAAAAGUUCACAUAAUUUACAUUUUAAAGCUACCACUGGCAUCUUUGCACACAUGCAUAUAUGUGAACCAGGCUAUAUAUUUGCUGACCCUUUUUUCAUGGGUGUUUUCUGUCCCACAAUUUGUAUGCUUGUCUGCAUUUUUCCACAGUAAGGAGAGGUUGUAGAGUGUAAAUGUCUUUGAACUAUCCAUUUCCUUAUUGAACUAUGACUAAAAUGUGACAAUGCUGAUAAAAUUAAAAUUAAACGUGCCAGUUUUACUGAAACAGAUUUUGACAUGCCAAAAUAUUAUACCCAUGUUUGCCACUGCACCUUGGGGAUAUAAUUGGCAAGUGCAUUAUUUUAUCGGAAUUAUAAAAUCAGAUCAGAGUAUAAAUAAUGAAUAUAGAUUUGAUUGAAUUAUCUGUUAGAAAUUUUACCUGAAGACAAUUUCACCAAUGACGUAAUUAUUAUAAGGCCCAGUUUACAUUGUCAAAUUUUUUGUGAUCACAGUAGGAAUUUGCCAUAAUAUGUAAAUCCUAAGUUUUAAAUGAUUUCCUAGAAAUUUUUGAGGGAACUAAAACAGUGUUUAACACUGAAAUUUUUUACUGUGACAUUUUUACAAAUGUCUUAAAACUAAGGGUUUACUUACAGCAUGUCAAAUUCUUACUGUGAUCACAGAAACUUUCACAGUAUGAGCGUUAGAACCUGUUUAUAUGAUUCUGCUUAGCCGGGAUAGGACGUUUAUCAAGAUCUUGCUUGUACUGUAAACCAUAUUGAGUGUUUAUAUGAUCCUGCUUUUAUUCCAGCUAGGCGGGAUCUUGCAUGCUAUUGGCGGGAUCUCGCCUAGCGAAAAAUUCCCAUAUAAACACCAGCUAGGUGGGAUGAUUUUUUAGUAUAUUCCAUUUUUUUCAUUCCACUUUUAAUUAAUUAAACACUAAAUGAGUUCAUCCCAGCAUUAUUUUUCCCCAUUUAAACAUGCCAGAUGGGAUGAAAAACGUCCUAGCUACUGUAGGUGGGAUGAAAAACAUCCCGUCCUGCCUAGCCAGACACAUAUAAACAGGUCUUUAGUCUACUAUAUAUUAUCACUGCAAGGAUUGCUGUCUUAUGUGUUAACUUAAUACUGACUACUUAAUUCAACCCAACUUUCAUCCCAGCAAGGUAGGAUGUCUAACCCCUGGGCAUGUGCCCAUAUGGAGAAUUGAUCAUACUUUUACAUGUAAACUACGUGAAGCGUUCCUCUUUUGACUUCGUAACUCAUUUGAAAUUUUCCUCAUUAGCUUUGCAAAUUUGAAAAACUCUUUGCAAAUCCCUUGAGGGAAUUUGCAAAUGAAUGUUCCUAUCGGCUGUUGCAAUAUUCCAAACUUUAUUUUAAGUUUUCCUAACUUCCUGUUUUAAUUUCCCAACUUCCUGUUCUGUUCUGAGCGUUGUUAUUGGUCGAUUAUUUUUGUUAGCCAAUUGCAACGCCCAGAACAAAACAGGAAGUUAGGAACUUGUAACAGGAAGUUAAGAACUUCUAACAGGAACUGAGGAAAAUUUUUUUUGCUUUUAGCAACAUUGCAAAUUCCCUCAAGGGAUUUGCCAGGGAGUUUUUUAAAUUGCAAAAGUAAUGAGGAAAAUUGCAACAAUUUAGAAACUCAAAAGAGGAACGCUUCACGUAGUUUACCUGUAACAAGCUGGAACACGCAAAACCAUGCAAAGCUGUUGCUUGGGUAUUCUUAGCUUUGAUAUAAAAAAUCCUAAAAACUAUAUUACUCACUUCAUAUCGUAACUCAGGUUUGAUUAGACAGCCCUAAUUAUAGACCAAGUGAAUCUAGAGCAUAUUCAGUUAACCAAACUCUUUAAAAGUCUAUAUUUACACUUGCAAGCAAUUUUCACUGUGAUGUAGGGUGCGAUUUUCCUUUGUAUGGUUUUCCUCAUUCGAUUGUCGUGAAAGAGGAUACAUCACACCUGUGUCAAACAUCACACAUACUGUCUUCGUAUAGCUCAUUUACUCUUUAACAUCACAAAAAAGAAGAAAAUCGCAGCGAACAUCAUAGUGUAAAUUGUUUGUGUAUAACCUGAGAACAGGUAGUUUAAAAUAAAAAGUUUGGAUGUGUGUGAUGUUAAACUACCUGUAAAAUAUAGAAAGAACUUCGACGUUUCGAGCGAAGGCCCUUCGUCGGGAAGUUAAGUACCCUUUGUCGGGAAGUUAGUACUAACUUCCCGACGAAGGGCCUUCGCUCAAAACGUCGAAAUUUUAUCUGUAUUUUACAGGUAGUUUAACAUUACACAAAUCCAGAAUUUUUAUCGAAGACUCUACCUACACUGGCACCAAGCGUUCAAGGUUUAAAAGAAAGUUGGUUUACAAACUCAUGGUCUAAACAACUUUACAGUUUCGCCAUAUGUCAGCAUGAAGAAUUCGUAGUAUCUAGCAGCAACGGUCCAUCAAACGUGCUUCAACGAUGUUGAAAGCACUCUCAAUUCUCACAGCAAUCUGAAAAAAAAAUUAUCUGUUUAGUAUGAUUUAAAGUGCCUAUGACACGAAAUUUGACCCCAAAUGUUUAUGAUUGCAUUGUAAAGAACACUUAAACUGACUUAAUAAUUUAUUUUAUAGAAUUUUUGUAGCUUGAUUCCUUUGCAAGAUAUUUAACUUUGUUUCAUAUGCAAAUAUCACCGGUGUGACAUCACGUCGCAUAAUGACAUUUUGAAAAUGUAAUAUUUUACCUUGAUAAAAUAUUUUUACAAACAAAUACAGAGGGUUAAUUAGCAGUUAUGAAAUUAAGACAUAUACAAAGGUAAUUUUUAAGUUUUUUAGAUACGUAUUCGUCAAGAAAACUAUACUUUUCUGAAAACUCAUUAUGUGAUGUGAUGUCACACCGGUGAUAUUUGCAUAUGAAACAAAGUUGAAUAUCUUGAAAAGGGAGCAAGUUACCAAAAUUCUAUAAAAGAAAUUAUUAAGUCACUUUAGGUGAUCUUUACAAUGCACCAAUAAACCUUUGGGGUGAAAUUUCGUGUCAUAGGCACUUUAAACAUCUUAUAUUUAUGUACGAAACUGGAUGUUAUAGUUCAUUAUCGAGAAAAUAGAAUAGUGUUGUGUUUUUUUUUGUCAACUAUUGUUGGAGGGCUGACUCACGCAAUGACGUCACAGCAUUUUCAUCACUGAUCAGUUGUUGCCAAACGCCAUGUUUCUUACUUUUAAACAGCGUGAUCACAAUUUAGACAGCAACUCUAUUUAUUUGACGUAUAAAUCUAAUCACGUCUAUGCAGUAAAGUUAUAAUAUUUUACUGCAUGCCCUUGCAUUAAAAUGAUCAAAAUCAGAGAAGCAACUAUGUCUAUGAAAAGGCUAUUGAAGAAAAUUUGUUUUUAGCGCAGCUAUCUUCAAGUUACAUUUUUAUCUAAAAUACCGUGCAUAUAGACAAUUCCAACUAAAUUCCGCUCUUGACGAGAGAUAUAAUUAAACUUAUUUACUUCUUUUUCACCGUAUAGUUUCUCACAUAAUCCUUCACUUUUUUCCAGGUCCUGGUUUCAUGUAGUAUUCCGCGAUUUUCCUCUAUAAACUUAACACAUUCAAUUUUUUUUGGCAACACUCGAUUUUGGAUGUGUUUUUGAAAUGAUUUCAAAACUGCUUUUCUUUCUGGUGUUCUCCAAGCUUUUUUUUUCACCACCUUUCGUUGCUGACCUAAAUGAUAAGUUCGCAUUAUACGUAGUAAGUUUUCGUAGAUAUUGAUUUAUAUUGACAAAUUCGUAAAUACAACUGCACAUGCUGAUGAAAUGACAGUGUGUGCAAAAGUCGUUUACAAGUAAGAGUACACAGCUAAGAUCGAAAUCAAAUAAAUUUACGACAGAUGAGUAUCAAUCAAAACAGCGUAAUGUAACGAUUCCUUCAUAUUCAACUAUUUUUGUUCCGACAAGACACUCAUACAAAUGCUCUAAAAGAAUGUUGUUUUUGUCCUGCAAGGUCAAACAUUGUCUUUUUUUUCUUUAAGGAUUUUGCAAAAAUAAUCUUUACUACAGGUUUGUGGCGAAAAAUAUUCAUCAUUGUUCUGAUUUGACUAAAACAUGUUCUGAUUUGACUUAAUAAUCAAGGACAAACGCCCAUACAAAAUUACAAAUAUUGCUCCGUUAAUUGUUAUAUUUCAAGCCGAUAAUUCUCAACUUUUGUACAGUACAUUGUUGUCUCGUAAAGUACAUAGAGUUGAUGUCAUGGCGAUAGAAGCUUUAAGUAUUCAUCGUUUCAUUACCUCACGCCGAUCAAGCUGGCAAUUUCUCAAGAUUUAACAAUUUCCUGACUUUUUUCGUCCGGUCUGAAUUUUUCGUCUGCGCUCAUUGUCUUACAACUUGUGGAAAACCUCAAUGAACUGUCUGCAUUAUAUUGCCUGGAGAGCCUAAUAUAAUCUUUUGAAUUACAGUUACGCUUCAAAAUAAUGUUUACACGCCCGCAAACAGGAAACAAUAUCCUGGGCCGUUGUAAGUUUCAUCGAUUCAGACAGGAUUUUAGCUCCAGUAAGCAGUCUAGAUACAUCUUUUUCAAUGCAUGGGAAACUAAAUUCAGGUGACUAAUGUUUUUCCCUGAAAUAAGGGUAACAAAAUUUCGUAGCGAAUGUCUAAUUUUUGGCAAUUUGGUAGAAGCGCCAGAAAGCUUCUUAUUUAUUACUUUUGAUCACUUCUGUUGGAAACAGGGAACCUCGACAGGGAAUAUAUUGAAUUUUUGACGUUCAGUUUGAUGUUUUGUGUUCGAUUGUCGACUUGAAUGAGGAGUGCUUUGAUAAUAUUUAUACAUGUCCACUAUAAGGUCAAAUAGAUUCCUUUGCUUUCGUUUUUCUGCUUGAGGAGGUGCAGCGACCUAUUGUCAGCUAAUCAAAUAUUAAUUCCGCGUAUUUCAACGAUUGAACAAAUAAAUUGCUCAUCGUUAGUUAAUGAAUUGAUCAUUGUUUUCAGCUUGCUUCUAAUGUCACGACUGUUGGUUUAUUUCAAUUUCACAUUUAUGUACGGUAUGCAUGGGCUGCAUGGAUUGCAACUGCUAUAUUUAAUACUAUAAGAGUUACCAACCUGUUCUGGUAUGAUUUGGCUGAUUUACGGUUUUAUUUUGUGCCUUUGGUGUCACCAGGUGCUCGGGAGGCACUAAAAAUUUGAUAAAAUGCAAUAGUAGUGAUUAAGGUAGCUCAGUGGUCAGAGCGCUGCACCGGAAUCGCAGGUUCGAUUCCUGUCGGAGGACCUAGUGUUGAAUUCCUCGCAACCGUCCCGGUAAAAUUUAAAGUGUAUAUACUAUUUCACUGGAAUUAUCCAUCCAAAAAUAUGAAAAAAUAGGUACACAAGGCGUACAUGUAUCUGCGCAUGGAUGUAUUGAUGUCACUGAUCUAAUAAUAGACUGGAUAGAGCUUCUCACCAAAAGUGAAGCCAAAAAAAUCAACUUCCGGUUAUAACGCUGCGCAGCAAAAACAACCAAUAUUGGUAACAUUCGUAUUGUUUUCGCUGCGCAGUGGUAACCGGAAGUUGAUUUUUUUUGUUUCACUUUUGGUAUCUAUAGAAGCUCUAUCCAGUCUAUUAUUAGAUCAGUGAUUGAUGUCCUAGAUCGUUGACUCCCGUAGACUACGGCCUAGAGUAGUUAGGAAAUUGGGACUAUUUGAAAUUGAUGAAUUUUGUACGGUACUUUAUAUCGGUGACUACUAAAGUACUAUUUCAUGCAAAAACAAAAACAUUUUUUCCUCUUUUAUCUAGAGUUAAUUAAUCGGUAAAUGAGUGUAUAUAUAGAUCAGAGGGAGAUGUGAAUAUACUGUAACAAGCAAACAAUUAAUAUAUUGUUAUUGUCAACGCUUGCUGCCAAAACUAACCCUGUAACAUAAAACUAUACAUGUUUUGUCUUUGGCAAUGAAGAUAUUUCAAAUCACAAUAUUGUAAUCUAUCGAAUGGGCAGAUUUUUAUAUUAAUUUGGUAUCAUAUUUGCCAAAUUAAAAGCAUUUAUUAAAUUGGACGGGCAAAAUGACGAAUGUAACAAGCCGGAAAUAUUGUUAUUGUCAUAUUAUUCUGGAAACUCGCAGGCAAAACUCCACGUGGAAUUUCACAAAGUUCAUGAGCUAGUAAUAGUUUCUGAGUUUGCUUAUAUUAAUUAUUUAAUACAAUUAAUUUGUAUAUUUGUUUUGCUCGCCUUGCUGGUCAAAUACUGUUGUACUAAUAUAUAUUAUAUCAACAAGUGAAAUCAAAUCACUCUGAUGGCGACAUAAAUUUAUGUUGUUGAAUUUGAUACAACAAUUUAUAUAGUUUACUCAUCCAAGCAUACCUAAUAGCCACAAGUCUUCGAAAAAGCAUGUCCUUGCACUAUUAGCAGGCAAAAUAUGUCAAAUUUAAAUGACUUGUAAAGUACUGUUUAAUAAACGAGCAGAAGUGUUUUAUUAGGUUUAAAGACACGAGCGCGCAGCGCGAGUGGCUUUAGGGCUAAUAAAACACGACCUACGAGUUUAUUAAACGGCUUCAAACACGACUACAAAUUCAAUAGAAAUACUGUCUUAUUAGUAUUCUUUAUAUAAAGAAUACUAAUGAGGACAUGACUACAAUAGAUACUGCCUUAUUAGGAAACAACAAAACGCGGACCCCAGGUCCAUGGACUACCUUCGUGGACCUGGUCCAUGGACUACACUCGUGGACCACGGACCAUUCCCGUGGACCACUCUCGUGGACCACUUGCGAAAUUUCGCCUACCGAACAAUAGACCAAGCACUAUUAUUCCAAGUUUAGGGAGCCGAGAUUGGCGGGAACUAUUUCAUUAUUCAUUUCCAUUAUUUAUUUCACAAUCAAUUCAGUUUUUGUUGAUGAACAGUGAAUACUAAGUCUGUAAAAAUGCUGAAAAAAUGUAGUCAGGGUUCCAUUAAAAAAUAUAGGAAUACUGUGGAGAAUCUGGAGGGGAGGGGAGGAGGGGUCAAAGGAUUUUACUGAAUUAUUCGAAUUUUACUGUUAAAAAAUCACUUGAACUGUAGAAGUCGUAAGUUGCAAUGACCUUUCAAUGCCUGAAGGUCCUCUCCCAAAAAUAUUAAUUUUUGAAGCUCGAUUACUUCUUUUCUUGCAUUUCCUGUAGCGAUCGAGAGAAAAAACUACCAAUUUUAAGGGCAUAUAUUCGGAAACUUUGCAUUAAAGUCGUAAUUGCACACUUAUAUUUUAGAACGGUCAUGUAGUGAAUGGAUUUAGAACUUCACAUUUUGUGUAAAGUUUCCACAAUGAUAAUAAUGACUGAACUCGGCUCGAGCACAUUUUUGCAUGCACAGUCAAGAAUUAAAACCCCAAAAAUCUGGUGUCUCGCAAGUGGUCCAUGAGAGUGGUCCACGAGAGUAUUCUUUAUAUAAAGAAUACUAAUUAGGAGUGUUUUAUCAAGUUUAAAGCCACUGCACGUGAUAUAUUAUGGUUGACAUGAUUUGCCAAUUAGCUCAUAAUUAUUAAUGAGUGUUUGAACAAGUUUUAAAAAAUUACGGAUCUAUUUUAAUCAAUUGCACAUCUCUAAUAUUUACUGAAAAGGCUUAGACAUAGCAUCAUUGAUAUCGAGCUUGCGUCCGUAAAUGUAUUGAAUAUAAUGUAUUCUAAAAGCUUACUCACACUCAAUGAGUGGAGUUUAAACCUGGGCUUCUAUUGAGUCUCAAUGCUGUUUUUGAGUAGCUGGAGGGUUAGUGUCGUACCUUACUAUGUGACUACUCGCCCUCCAGCUGUUCAAAAACAGCAGUGACACUCAAUAGAAGCUCAGAUUGAACCUCCACUCAUUGAGUGUGAGUGUGAGUGAGCUUUUAGAAUACGGGCGUAAGUUUUAAUCUUGUUGCUGUUGAGUCACCGCCAUAUGCACAUAUUUAGCUCCGUAGGCCGUUAGCCUACGAACAGGAAUAUAAUGACGUAUUCUUAUAAUACUAGUCGCUGAUUGGCUGCAAGUUUACAGUUGACAGGUUAACAGCUAACAGCACGAUGACAAUAUAUCUGCUAUGCAGAUACAAAAAUGACAGAAAAGCAAUUUUUACGUACGGCUUAAACUGCUGCAUGUUGUUUUGGCAUGAUAACGUUCGGAAAAUGCGAUCGAGUUUUGCACGGGUAUUUGCGGUUGUCAGUUAGUAUGUUUUAGGUAAAUAGGACAAUUUGCACAUAGUCGAAGCAUUUCUAUGAAGGAUAGCUCUAACAAAAAUGAUUUUCAAGGUUAUUAAGUAAUUUGCAGUAUUUACAGUGAAUUUUUUGCAGUUACCCUGUAGAAUAGAUGACUUGCCUGCGGAUCCACAGUUCACAGUGCUUGUAAAUGAUUUACAAGCACUGUGAACUGUGGAUCCGCAGGCAAGUCAUCUAUUCUACAGGGUAACUGCAAAAAAUUCACUGUAAAUACUGCAAAUUACUUAAUAACCUUGAAAAUCAUUUUUGUUAGAGCUAUCCUUCAUAGAAAUGCUUCGACUAUGUGCAAAUUGUCCUAUUUACCUAAAACAUACUAACUGACAACCGCAAAUACCCGUGCAAAACUCGAUCGCAUUUUCCGAACGUUAUCAUGCCAAAACAACAUGCAGCAGUUUAAGCCGUAAUCUAUGUGCAGUGAGCUCGCUGAGCAUAAAUUUAUGGUCGUUUGUCGGUUUUAACUUUUUAAGUAAAUUUCUGUUGAUGUAUUACACCGGCCAUCGCAACUCGCACUUUUCUAACGUUAUGAAGGAAAAACAACACCAGGUUCUUAAGUAAACGUGUAAAAUUCCAUUUUAUUCAAUUCAAUUCCAUUUUAUUAAUUCCAAUGUUAAUUGGCACUUAAUAAAAUUGUAUCCAUCCUAUGUUCAAAUAAGUGGUUUCAUUCAAUACUGAUUUUCUAUGCAUCCUGUUUCGAAAAGAAAUGAACAUCACUCUGCUGCCACACAACUCUGUUCGGUAUAAGUGAAAUUAUUUUUUUGUCGUUCCACACACGCGUCCACUUCAAACACUUCUAAUCGUUCAGGAUUGGAUUAUGAAUUUCAAUUGGUAAAAUGCUUGAAUUAAAAGCGUUUUGUUGUUUGGAGGCAUUUAAUGUUAGUAAUGGCUACAAUCAUACCUUGUUUGGGCGUUGAUUUUUUUUGACCAAAAGAUGAAGAUGUCGAUGCAAUGUUGCGUUCGGUGUGUCUGUUUUCUAGAAUAUUGAAAUAUUCAAUAACAAUGAGAGAUUGAUAAUUUGGAGAUUUGGAAUUUUUCACUUCACUAUUUAAUUUGGAAUAUUUCAAAAUCAAAAACAAGUAUUUCAUGUAAAAGCAGUUUUAAUAGCAAACAUUGAAGAUUGCACAUUAUAAAAUAGGGACCUUAUAGGACGGCGACGCGACGGCAACGGCUAAUAAUGCCAAAGGCUAAUACAUAACAUAACAUAACAUAAUAGUUUAUUCACCAAAUAUAUAAUUAUUUACAAAAAGUAUAUACAUAUAUUUGGAUGGUGCUCAGCAAAAAAAACCAAGGAGCUUGUAAAACGCUAAACACCAUGGUGGCAUAUAGAUGUUAUGAAUAGUUAGAGGUCGCGGUAUUGGCAUUGUUACGAGAUAUGAAUAGAGCAAAAGAUUGAGAUUAAGAAACAAAUUCAGAAUAUUACAAUAUAUAUAACUCAGAUAAAUUAACCUUUAGCUAUUUGCCUCCACGAGGAAAUUUCUGAGUUUGAAUUGAAAGGAACUGGGUGAAUGAGACUGACUAAUAGAUUUAUUGAGGGAAUUCCAGAGAAUUGAGCCACUAUAUGCUUAAGAGUUAGCUUUCUAGUAGUAUUUCGCACCUUCUUUAUAUGAAUCUUAGCAGCGUUUCGAGUAUUAUAGUGAUGAACAUCUUUAUUAUAAGAAAAAUAUUGGAGAAACUGAGAUGGUAAGGAAAAGGAUUGAUUAAGGCAUUUGAACAUGAAACAUCCAAUUUGAUAUUGGUUAAGUUGGUAUACAUUUAAUAAUUUAAAAGUUAAAUUGAAAAGAAAUGAAUAAUUGAAGUUGUGAAUUCAUUUCAAUAAUUGAAAUGUGGUUCUCGUGUUGUUUACAACGGCAAGUCACAUAUUUUCACGUAUUGUAUACAACGCCGACCGCAGUCGACGUAUUGUUUACAACAAGUGGUAUUUUAAAGUCGGUUUAUAAACUAUCCUCAAACAUACAGCACAAGUGAUCACUGAACUUCUUAAACUGUAUUAAAUUCAUAGGACUGAUAAUAAACAACAAGUUUUCUUUACAACCAUAUAUUAUUUGGUGUUUUCUCUGGCCGUCGCCGUCGUUGUUGCCGUCCUACAUCGUAAGGUCCCUAAUAGGGAACGUAACGAAGACGGCUUUUCAAGACAAUGAUUCUGUGAAAAGGCGUGAAUAAUUAAACUCCAACGGACGUUUUCGACGUAGCCUCACUCUGUUUACAACGGCAAAUCACAGGUUUUUACGGCUUGUACACAACACCUGUAAUCAAAGCCACAACAAGCCCUACUUCAAAUUCAGUUCAGUUGAAACUCUUCCUAAUAAUACAACCCAUGUCGUCGGCUUUUUAAACUGUAUUGAAUUCAUACAAUUCAUAAUACACGACAAGUUUUCUUUACUGCAAUAUAUUUGAGAGAAUUUGUUUUGGCUGUCGUCGUUGCGUUGCCGUCCUACGUGCUUAAAUUCCUGCAAUACAACGGCUUGAAGCCUGCCCGGUGUGGAUAUACACUCAGAGUAACAUCACACAAACAUCUUAUUCACCUGAGUACAUUACACCAACACAGCAGAUUUCAUGUUUUUCUGUGUUUGCACUGGCUUAUGCAAACGUCGAAAAAGGUUGGGGAAUUCUUGAGCAGGUGCUCUCCACUUCGGUCUGGGGUUUACACUGAUCUGCGCUCAAGUUCUCUUGGACUGUUGUAAACGAUCGAAAUGCUUCAAUGCGGCUAAGUUGUGUUAUAUUCAUGCACAACGUAUCGCUUUUGUAUAAAAUCUAACAUCACAGGAUUCGAUUGCGUUUCGUUCUUGAUCGAUGAAACGUUCCUCAUCAUUUGAAUCAAUACUAAACGCAAAAGACGAGACUUGUUGCCGUGCAGGCUUUUCAAAGGUGUUGAGUUAAACAGAGACUAAAAAGUCCUCACGCUAGCCUCUUCGACCAUGGGCGAAUACUACUAUAUCGGACGGCUGCCACUAUUUGCCGUCUCAAGAACUAUGUUAAAAAUUGGUGCAUUGUGCCUGCAACCAUUAGAAUUGUCGUCUUUUGAAAUGACUAAUUUUAUCCGCACAUAUAAUUUUAUCUUUUCAUUGACUUCGGCCCCUUCGUAGUCAGAAACGGGUUGUUUUGGGAUCCACAGCACCUACCGUACUACAUGCAUUGGACAUAGCAAACAGUGUUACUUAUGAAAUAUUUACCUUUAUCUAGCUCAGUCUCGGAAUCCUCUUCACCUUGAACGAUGUCAAAAUCUGGGAAAAAAAAUGGACGAGAACAACUUAUGUUGACCAUUCUAGAUGGAUACGUGAUGGAAAGGUGAAAGUCCUUUUUCCCAUCUAAGAUUUGUACAGACAUAUACAGUUAAAAUUAAGUUUUGGUAAAUUACUCCUCUAAUCAUCAUCAUUUUGAUAAUACCUUGAAGGGUAAUGUCCCGCAAAUUCGAGUUUUGCACGGGUAUUUGCGGUUGUCAGUUAGUAUGUUUUAGGUAAAUAGACAAUUUGCACAUAGUCGAAGCAUUUCUAUGAAGGAUAGCUCUAACAAAAAUGAUUUUCAAGGUUAUUAAGUAAUUUGCAGUAUUUACAGUGAAUUUUUUUCCAGGUACCCUGUAGAAUAGAUGACUUGCCUGCGGAUCCACAGUUCACAGUGCUUCUAAAUAAUCUAUGUGCAGUGAGCUCGCUGAGCAUAAAUUUAUGGUCGUUUGUCGGUUUUAACUUUUUAAGUAAAUUUUUGUUGAUGUAUUACACCGGCCAUCGCAACUCGCACUUUUCUAACGUUAUGAAGGAAAAACAACACCAGGUUCUUAAGUAAACGUGUAAAGUAAAUUGUUCUUUUGUCCUUCAAUUCCAUUUUAUUAAUUCCAAUAGUAAUUGGCACUUAAUAAAAUUGUAUCCAUCCUAUGUUCAAAUAAGUGGUUUCAUUCAAUACUGAUUUUCUAUGCAUCCUGUUUCGAAAAGAAAUGAACAUCACUCUGCUGCCACACAACUCUGUUCGGUAUAAGUGAAAUUAUUUUUUUGUCGUUCCACACACGCGUCCACUUCAAACACUUCUAAUCGUUCAGGAUUGGAUUAUGAAUUUCAAUUGGUAAAAUGCUUGAAUUAAAAGCAUUUUGUUGUUUGGAGGCAUUUAAUGUUAGUAAUGGCUACAAUCAUACCUUGUUUGGGCGUUGAUUUUUUUUGACCAAAAGAUGAAGAUGUCGAUGCAAUGUUGCGUUCGGUGUGUCUGUUUUCUAGAAUAUUGAAAUAUUCAAUAACAAUGAGAGAUUGAUAAUUUGGAGAUUUGGAAUUUUUCACUUCACUAUUUAAUUUGGAAUAUUUCAAAAUCAAAAACAAGUAAUACAUGUAAAAGCAGUUUUAAUAGCAAAUAUUGAAGAUUGCACAUUAUAAAAUAGGGACCUUAUAGGACGGCGACGCGACGGCAACGGCUAAUGACAAAGGCUAAUAUUGAAAAGAAAUCAAUAAUUGAAGUUGUGAAUUCAUUUCAAUAAUUGAAAUGUGGUUCUCGUGUUGUUUACAACGGCAAGUCACAUAUUUUCACGUAUUGUAUACAACGCCGACCGCAGUCGACGUAUUGUUUACAACAAGUGGUAUUUUAAAGUCGGUUUAGUAAACUAUCCUCAAACAUACAGCACAAGUGAUCACUGAACUUCUUAAACUGUAUUAAAUUCAUAGGACUGAUAAUAAACAACAAGUUUUCUUUACAACCAUAUAUUAUUUGGUGUUUUCUCUGGCCGUCGCCGUCGUUGUUGCCGUCCUACAUUGUAAGGUCCGUAAUAGGGAACGUAACGAAGACGGCUUUUCAAGACAAUGAUUCUGUGAAAAGGCGUGAAUAAUUAAACUCCAACGGACGUUUUCGACGUAGCCUCACUCUGUUUACAACGGCAAAUCACAGGUUUUUACGGCUUGUACACAACACCUGUAAUCAAAGCCACAACAAGCCCUACUUCAAAUUCAGUUCAGUUGAAACUCUUCCUAAUAAUACAACCCAUGUCGUCGGCUUUUUAAACUGUAUUGAAUUCAUACAAUUCAUAAUACACGACAAGUUUUCUUUACUGCAAUAUAUUUGAGAGAAUUUGUUUUGGCUGUCGUCGUUGCGUUGCCGUCCUACGUGCUUAAAUUCCUGCAAUACAACGCGCGCUCUAGUUGGUGAAUAGCUAUGUAUAUUUGUAUUAGGCUGUGCAAAUACGGCAAGCUCAGAGCUAAAGCGCGUACGUUAACAAAGUAAGGAGAAUUUUAUAUCUUAUAGAAAAACAACCAAUAAAAGUAUAAAUUGCCAAAAUAAAUUUAUUGUUAUUUUAUAAAACAAAUAAAAUAUGUUUUUCUGUGUUUGUGUGAUGUUACUCUGAGUGUAUAUCCACACCGGACAGGCUUGAAAAAUAUGCCUGGCCACGGCGGGAUUCGAACCUACGACCUUUGGAAUACUAGCCCAAUGCUAGCUCUUCCAACUGAGCUACGCGGUCAGGACGUUCGAGUAUGCGAUAUUUCGGAACUGAGUCUAGUUCUUUCGAUAUCAGUGUAAUCUAAUAAUCAUGAAAUCUGCUGUGUUGGUGUAAUGUACUCAGGUGAAUAAGAUGUUUGUGUGAUGUUACUCUGAGUGUUUAUCCACACCGGGCAGGCUUGAAGCCUGCCCGGUGUGGAUAUACACUCAGAGUAACAUCACACAAACAUCUUAUUCACCUGAGUACAUUACACCAACACAGCAGAUUUCAUGUUUUUCUGUGUUUGCACUGGCUUAUGCAAACGUCGAAAAAGGUUGGGGAAUUCUUGAGCAGGUGCUCUCCACUUCGGUCUGGGGUUUACACUGAUCUGCGCUCAAGUUCUCUUGGACUGUUGUAAACGAUCGAAAUGCUUCAAUGCGGCUAAGUUGUGUUAUAUUCAUGCACAACGUAUCGCUUUUGUAUAAAAUCUAACAUCACAGGAUUCGAUUGCGUUUCGUUCUUGAUCGAUGAAACGUUCCUCAUCAUUUGAAUCAAUACUAAACGCAAAAGACGAGACUUGUUGCCGUGCAGGCUUUUCAAAGGUGUUGAGUUAAACAGAGACUAAAAAGUCCUCACGCUAGCUUCUUCGACCAAGGGCGAAUACUACUAUAUCGGACGGCUGCCACUAUUUGCCGUCUCAAGAACUAUGUUAAAAAUUGGUGCAUUGUGCCUGCAACCAUUAGAAUUGUCGUCUUUUGAAAUGACUAAUUUUAUCCGCACAUAUAAUUUUAUCUUUUCAUUGACUUCGGCCCCUUCGUAGUCAGAGACGGAUUGUUUUGGGAUCCACAGCACCUACCGUACUACAUGCACUGGACAUAGCAAACAGUGUUACUUAUGAAAUAUUUACCUUUAUCUAGCUCAGUCUCGGAAUCCUCUUCACCUUGAACGAUGUCAAAAUCUGGGGAAAAAAAUGGACGAGAACAACUUAUGUUGAUCAUUCUAGAUGGAUACGUGAUGGAAAGGUGAAAGUCCUUUUUCCCAUCUAAGAUUUGUACAGACAUAUACAGUUAAAAUUAAGUUUUGGUAAAUUAGUCCUCUAAUCAUCAUUUUGAUAAUACCUUGAAGGGUAAUGUCCCGCAAAUUUUUCCCUUUGAAUUUGUGUGCCCUCCCUUCAUCAAUAGCCAUUAGGAGGUUGCCAACUACAGCUAUCUCAAGUGUGCUAUCUUGCAUCCUGUAGAAUUCCUUAUGGAUGUGCACAUCAUGACCGAGAUGAGUUGCCAACCAUCCCAGCUCAUUUUCAUCCAUGUCAACCAAUUGUGAAACAGUUGCUGCAUACUUUCGAAGGUUGUUUGAAUUAAUUACUUCGGGAUUUUCAAGAUUAACAUUUUUACAUGCCUGACGUAUGGCAUCAUUGCCUCGUAAAAACUUUGUUGAUCUUCCGUCAUUGACUGCAAAAACAUACGGAUUCUCUGGAUUGGCAUUCCCGUCUUCCCUUGUGCGGUUCAGGACUAGUAUGGCUGCUUUUACAUUCGGUGUAAGCAGCACGGGAACUUUUCUGUUCCUUUUGCCAAUAAUUUCCACCAUAUCAAACCUAAAAUUUUGAUGAUAUAAUUUUGUAACAAACUCUGAGUCUGACUCUGACUAUAGGGGGCAAGGAUAUUAAAUAGGUUAAAAUCGGGACGAUGUGAUAUCAGUUUUAUCGCUCUAAGGAUUUUCCCUUUGAGUUUGCCUGGGUAAAGCUAUGGUUCCUUAGCAAUGGUUGUUAUAUUCUUAAUAAGGCUUUUAAAAGUCCGUUACAGCGUCCUAUCUAUACACAUCAAAUUCACUAGAUGAUGUCAAAUCAAAUCGACUAUUUUUACAUACCGCUUGCAUAGCUCUUUUUCAGAAGCUGAAAGGGCAGAAAGAAUCUCUUCAUUAUGAACGUUUUGCCACAAAGGCCGCCCUUGAAAAGAAUCAAGCGUCAUUCGGGAAGCUUCGCCACCUGUUAAUAAAGAUUUUUCAUUUAAUAUAAUUUUAAAAUAAUUUAAUAAAGAUAAAUUUGGCAACGAAUAAAAUUUCACGUGCUUUGCUUGCGACAUUGAACAAUAUUCUUCCAAAACAUUAACAUAGAAAAGUUGGGUACCUCUGCGUUUAUUGAAUAUAAUCAAUCUUGCCAAAGCGGAAUUUGCAAGUUUUCUCCAAUUUUCUUGCAUUGCGUUUUUUUCAACUUCUUCUGUAAGUUUUAAAAUGUUCUCAUUGAGGAAAACACGCAGGGCCAGUAAGUCAUUUGUUAUUGGAAGAAAUUGUGGCUUGUUGUGUUUUUUAAAUGACAAAUUUUGCAAGGCCUGAGUUGUUACGUUCGCACUCCAUUCUCCCUCGUACAGUUCCAAAAAGAGAUCAACAUCAUUCUUUGCUUCCAUGUCCUUUUUUCUUAGGGCUUUUCCUUUCACUGCAAAUGCUGCUUUUUUUAGCGCAUAUCCACAUUUGGCAGCUGUUGAAGGGGAUUUGAAACGGUCGGCACUGGUGUUAGGUGCGCCCGUGUAUCCACCGAGAUAUCUUGCGCUGGCGAGAAGAUUGUCAAAUUGGGGCGGGGUCAAGCAAUUCUCCAGGGAUAGAGUUGGCACUCCACUUAGCUCUCUAACUUUAAUUAGCAAUCGGGCAAGAAUGCGCAUUUGUUGUGAAACUUCGACGGCUUUUUCUUUCCCACGAUUUUCUAUCAGUGUCGAACCCACCCUUAGAAUCGUUUCGUCAGUUCUGACCACGGCGCUGACAUCGUCCAUUGCCAUUAUUGAUAACACGUUAUCCGACAAUUGCUGACUCGCACCUGUAGGAUAUUUAUUCGCUGCCAACAACAAUCUUCCUGCAUGCUGCAGCUUCUUUGAUCGAAUGAUCUGGUUUCCAUCUUCAGCGAAAGGACAUUUUGGACAGUGCCGGUACAAGUCCUUCUUCUGAAAGAAACCGUGGCAGAACUGACAGGGCAAAUAAUUCGAAGGAUCAUUGUCUUCCUUGUGUGCUGGUCUCCGCAUGACUUUGAGUUCACCUUCGUGAAUCUCUAGCACUUUCAAGUUGUGGUUAAAAUUGCCCAAACGACACAAUUUAUCCAUUAACAGCUGGCGCAUUCUGUCAUUUUUGUCGAGCGCGAUGAUUUUUGCCACCUCUUUUUCAUUUUUGUGGACUUGAAAGAGAUGCCGACCAACCUUGCCGAAUUCUUUCUCGCAAUAAUAACAGCUGUUUUUUUUGUCAUACACUCUUCUUCCGUCUUUUUCGCCGGUUGACAUUAUGUACACUAAAUGGCAAAAAUUGGUAGAUGAUUAUUUUUAGGUACAGUUUUUCUUUGCAGUAAUUUCCAUCUUAACCGCAACUAUCGCUUGAUUGUCUGUGGCAUGAUGCCCGCGUGUUUUUGUCAGUAGCAUUUGGUACGAAAAGAACUAAUGCAAGAAUAGAAGUGAGAAAAAAACGGCUUCCCGCAGUCUAACGGCAGGUUAACUACCGGGUGGCGCAAAAAAAAGUUCACGCGUUUGAUUUAGUACAGCGAAAAAACUAUAAGUGUUACGUUCCUCAAAUAAAUGUUAUCCUAUCCAGGAAUGCCUAACUUAAAUUUUGAUGUAUAACACAUGCAUUUUUGUUUAGUAUUACCCAAGAUAUUGGUAAAUCAAUUUGAAUAUGCAAUUUCAAAAGGUUCCAAAAUUAGCUGAAAAUAGCCUAUUAAAUAGGAGUAAAGGAAUUAACGAUAUAUGAAGAACACAACGGCAGUAAAUAACGCGUUUAUCAUGGAAAAUUAAAUAACUAUAUUCUUGCACGUGUGACCAUACUAUCGAACGAACGUUGGAUUUAUUUGCUGGUCAAAGUUAUGGCAAUUAAUCAACAAUAAUCGCUUCACGAAGCUGUCUCAAAUUGUUCGGUUGUUGAUCUAAUUUAAUUCCCUAUAGCUAUGGGACAUGGAAUACUGCGAAGCAAUUCUUAAUUAAAAGAGCCAUCAUUUUCGAAAUUUUGUUGCUUUUCAAAUGAUAAUAAAACAAAUAAAUAAAUAAGGAAAAUCAUUCGUUACACGUUUCAAUUUAAAUUAAAUUCAUACAAGCGAAUAUGUCUGACGAAAUUCUAAAAUUUAUCAAAACAGUUUAAUAGGCCAUUUUUAGCCAAUUUGUCAGAUUUUCAAAACUUCGUUCCAAAUUUUAUUUGGCGAUAUCCCAGUCAAUAUUGCACGUAAAUAAACAUGCUAUAGAUCAAAAUUUAAGUUAGACUUUUAUGAAUACAGCUACGUUUAUUUCAGCGAUGUAACACUUAAAGUUUUUUCGCUGUACUAAAUCAAACGCGUGAACUUUUUUUUGCGCCACCCGGUAUAUGUCUCAUGUUAACUCUUUUUUUAUUCCUAAAGUGUUGUUAUUUGACUAUAUAAUUUAAUAAUUAAGAAUGUUUUUGUUGUAAUUUUCUUCAAAUAAACUGGAAAUAUUUUCAUAUAUUCCUGUUAGCCUAAAUAAACCGCAACUACUAAUCAUCCUGACGCACCCAGAAAUUGGGCCGUCUGUGGAAAAAUGAGUUCUGUUUGACUCGUAUAAUCAGAAGGAAAGGAGAAAUAUUUCACUUGGGAACAAAUCGUUAGUCCGUGGUAAAAGACCCCAAAAUGCCAUUAACGAAAAAAAUCGCGUUGUCCAGGUUGAAUGAUGCCAGACUCGGAGACAAAAUACCUAUUUUGUCAAUCUCGGUUUACAACCUUUAAUGGGCUUAACCAUAUAUUAAGAAGAUAGCAAGCAAAUAAACCCAUUAAUCUACCUCCUGAUUUCCUGAAUGCCUCUCUAGCGCUGCUGUCAUUUUUUAUAUGUGACUUGUCUGUUUCAUCUAAAAGAUUUGAAACAUAUCUGUUAGGGAAAUUCAGAACUCAUCUGUACUAGUAAUCCUGUGGAUUUGAGGGCGAUUUGAAGAACGUAAAACUAUAUUUUUCGAAAUUGACUCGAAACCGCUGGUUGACCUCGCUUGUUCUAGUCCGUACUAUAUAUAUAUAUAUAUAUAUAUAUAUAUAUAUAUAUAUAUAUAUAUAUAUAUAUAUAUAUAUAUAUAUAUAUAUAUAUAUAUAUAUAUAUAUAUAUAUAUAUAUAUAUAUAUAUAUAUAUAUAUAUAUAUAUAUAUAUAUAUAUAUAUAUAUAUAUAUAGCGUAAACACUGAAAAGUGAACUGGAAAAAAGCUUAUCGAUUCAAAUAAUAAACAAGCUGGUGAUAAACAUAGAAAUACUUGCUUCACGAUUUCCCCCAUACAAAUUACAACUUACUUGCUGCAAUUUUACUUUUCAGGGAGAUGGUGGACGCUAAACAAAAGGGCUUCGGGCUGAACGCAAUGUGUUGCUUUUCUGUAUCUAUAUAUUAUUCUGUGCUACGUCAUUGAUACGACUGCUGACUCGCAUCUUACGUAUAAUUUCUAACGUUCGAGCAAAGAAUACCUCACAGAAAGUCCAUGAAGGGACAGUAUACUAAACAAAAGGACAUCUCUAUUGUGAUUUUUUUGCGUAUGCGCUAUUCUUGGUGAUUCGUCACUCAGCAAGUGCCUUAAACAGAAGCAGUCACCCCCUGGAAACAUUCAAAAUAGCGCUUACGUCAGGGGAGUGAUGGCUUUUGUUUAAGACAUUCGUUCAGUGAUGAAUCAUGACGAAUAGCGCACACGCGAAAACAAUGAAUUACCUUCUAUUCGGUAUUCUUGGAUAGCGCGCCUAUCGAUGGAAUAGUAAUAUUUUGAAACUUUCUAAAUACGACCAUUCUUUGGUAAAACCCAGAUUAAAACUUAAUAUUUAUAAAUUAAAAUUCCUUUCAUUAUUUUUGGG